AUGCUCCCAUGGUGCUUUUCCAACGAUGCUAUCAACUACGCAAGAUACAUGUCAGCUUCUUAUAGCGAUAUGACAAGUCUACCAGAUGAGCACCCUAAGGUACACGAGUUCAUGAGAAAUGGUGGAUUUUCAGUUCAGUUGAGCAACGACAAUACAUUUGGAAGAAUUCCCGUUGACCAGAAUCUUAAAGAAACCGUAAAUAGAGAUACCCAAACACCUGGGGGUACUAAGGGCUUUAGUUUGAAGCCUGGGGCCGUACAAAGGUACUACUUGACGGCAGAAUUCAGAACUUUGCUCCUGCGCAGUUUGCGCGAAAUGGUUGACUAUGCCAAAGGGAAGCACGGCCAUGCUGACCUUCACUCGUCUCGCAUUGCCCAAGAUGAGAAAGAUGUUGCCGCAAUGGUUGAUUUAAUCAAGAACUGGACAGAUCCAUUUUCAGGUCAUAUGCAACUGUCUAGCAUCUCAACAGGAGCUGUUGCCACUACUGCUAUAGCAGAGGAGCUUGCGACCGCCUAUAAAGUUGGAGAGGCAGCCUACGCUGAUUUCAAGAAGACCCGUCUCGAAUCACAGCCCCCAACGGUAAGGUUCAAUGACAAAUUGAAGAAGCGAAAGCUGAAAACCUUCAGUGCUUUAUCGAAGACCAAGACAGUGGCAAAGGGCAAAGACACGGAAACUGUUCUGCGCGAUGAUCGAAAUUUGUUUGCGCGGAUGAUCAUAAUUGCUGAAAGCCGCAAUCUGAAAAUGCAAGAUGUGUUAAAGCAUCCAUUAGGCCCUCUUCCUGUUUCCCUGGCCUGCAACAAUGGCUUUCCCCGAAAGACCAAUAAGGCACAACUUGGCAAAGAAUUAGAGAAAUUGAUACAGCCAACGGUAGAAGUAACAAGGCCUUCAGCUUACCUAAUAGAUGGGAUGGCUCUGGUCCAAAAGCUGAAGGUAGAUUAUCUCACAUUUGGUGAGAUCGCAGACAAUAUUUUAUCUAGAGUGUUGCGUGAGGCGGAGGGUAGCGAUAGAGUGGAUGUCGUAUUUGACGUGUACAGAGACAUUGCCAUUAAAUCAGCAGAAAGAGAACUCAGAGCUGAAAGUGAUGCAAUAACUUUCAAGAACCUUGCGGCUGGCCAGAAGGUCAAACAAUUCAAGAAUUUUUUACGCAAUGGUGACAACAAAACAAGUCUUAUCAGAUUUGUUGUGGAACACUGGCAAAAAACACCGGGUCGCAAGAGACUGGAAGACAAGCAGCUGUAUGUAACAUGUGGAAACCGAUGCUACAAGAUCACUGCCGAGAGAGUAGAGGAAGAAGAAGAGCUAAGAUCCGAACAAGAGGAGGCUGAUACACGACUUCUCCUGCAUGUGCAACAUGCAGCAAAUGAGCAGCGAUAUAGGUCAAUCAUUGUAUCCUCGGAAGACACAGACGUUAGAAUCCUGUGCCUAGCGUUUUCAUUUUCCAUUGAUGUACCGAUUUAUCAGCGUUGUGUUUCUCAACUGAACGUUCGGUAUGUCGACAUCGGAAAAAUAGCCCACGUCAUUGGCCAGGAUGCGUGCAAAGCACUACCAGGUUUGCACGCAUUUACGGAUUGUGAUGAAGUGAGUGCUUUUGCAGGGAUUGGGAAAGUGAAGCCCCUGAAGAGGUUACUGAGGAAAGAGGAAUACCAACGUACGUUCCAGCAACUUGGAGAAAACUGGUUGAUAUCUGAAGAUCUUCUGAUGCAGUUAGAGGCAUUUGUCUGUGAUAUGUAUGGCUCAAAGAACGGUAUCUCAGACGUGAAUCAAUGCAGUUAUUCGGUCUUCUGUGCAAAGAAAGGUAAUAAUAACAAUAAUAAUUAUAAUAAUAAUAAACUUUAUUAAAGUGUCAUAUGAAGUUCGCUAAUCGGAGACACCUAGCUAUCUGCAUAAUAUUAAGAAAUUAGAUCACAAUAACAAAGAAAUAAAUUCAGCGAUAAAUGUAAAUGUUUUCCCGCCCCGUACCUAUGAUAUAUAUUGAUAUAUUCAUUCAGGUGAAGCGGAAUCCCAUCAGCUGCCUCCAUGCCAAGACAGCUUGUACAAGCAUUGCCGGCGAGCCAACUAUCAAGCGGCGAUAUGGAAAAUUCUCUACGAAACAACGACAUUCCAUCCCCAGUUGGUCAUGGCUGGUCUCUUGUAA